AUUCAUUGAUUUUACCUGUCAAAAUACUGGACGCCCGUGGUAAACAUGGCUCGGAAAGUCUUUUUAUUUUGGGUAAUAUACAUCUAGCAGGAUCCAUCAUCAUGAAUUAAAAUAUGCAAGUCAAAAUUGGCAAUUGAACCGAGUUAUUGAUUCUGAAGGCGCAAUAUCCUUUAGUUAUAUUCUACCGUGACUGUUACCACAUCCAAUCAGAAUGACAUAAAGUGGAUUAAAGAAGGAAUGUGUUUAUUAUCGUUAAGAAAAAUGUGCCAAAGUUGGAGAAAUAUCUGUUGAAACACAGCAUCUUGUAUGCCUUAAAGACUUCCGGGAAAGUCAUAAUUUAUUGCUGGGACCGUGCCGAAUCAAAUAAAAAUGAAUAAGAAGGAAUACCUUUGCCCACGCUUGCUAGACUACAUCCUAAUAGUCGGGGCUCGCCGUCCAAAUAACAACAAUGAUGUCGCACAGACACCUGAACUCCUGCGACGCUUUCCUCGGGAAGACCAUGAGGACUUCCCACUUCCAAAAGACGUUGUUUACUUUUGCCAACCAGAGGGCUGUCUGACGGUUGGCCAGAAACGUUUCAGCAUGAGAGAGAACACAUCGUUUGUGUUCACACUCACAGAAAAGGACACAGCACGUAUUAGGUUCGGAGUUUGCGUGAACUUUUACAGACCGUUCAAAGUCUCUGAGCGCAAAUCGAGCAGUUCAUCAGAAAAGAGGGAAAAGUCGCUCCUGAGUACUCGGCAGCACUCGAGCAGUAGCAAUGAUACACUGAACAUUCCCGAUGAUGGCACGGACAUACACAAAUCGCCUAGAACUCGUAGAAGGCUCAAACAGGCGAAGAAGAUCCGUAAUAACUCGUUAACGUCGCUUUGUAUUUUGAGUCACCACCCAUUCAUAUCAACGUUUAGGGAGUGUCUCUUUAUCUUGAGGAAACUAAUAGAUUCAUGUAAUGAAAGGACAAGCAGUCGGAAGGUUGGAGGAUCAAGAUCAUCACUCAGAGAUUCCGUGUGGGGUGUAUUGACUGGUAUCUGCGGCGAUAUCCCCCCUCUGGUCAAACACGAUGUCCGACAGAUUGAGACCUGGAUGCUCCGCCUCCUUAGCGCCCCCGUCCCGGUCCCAGGCAAGACCAGGGUUGAGAUCGAGAUCCUGGAAUCCCAGCCGUCCCUGGUCUUUGCCCUCCCCGACCACACCCGAUUCUCCCUGGCGGACUUCCCCCUGCAUCUCCCACUGGAACUUCUUGGUGUGGAUACGUGUCUCAGUGUGCUAACUCUUAUCAUGCUGGAGAAUAAGGUGGUACUCCAGUCACGUGAUUACAAUGCCCUGUCAAUGAGUGUGAUGGCAUUUGUCGCAAUGAUCUACCCACUGGAGUACAUGUUUCCAGUUAUCCCACUUUUACCAACUUGUAUGGGAUCAGCAGAGCAGUUAUUGCUGGCACCUACACCAUUCAUCAUUGGUGUGCCAGCUAGCUUCUUUCGCUACAAACCUUCAUUCAAGCUUCCUGAUGAUGUUUGGAUGGUGGAUCUGGACACUAAUAAGAUCACUGUAGCAGGCAGGGCUGGCCACAUUCCUGCUUUUCCCGAACCAGAGGGCAGUGACCUCAAGAGACACCUCAGACAGGCUUUAGCCAGUAUGAGCCUCAACCCUCCGCCAAUCAAAGACUUCGACAAGGCCAGCUCCAGGGAAUUCGAGGCAAUCAGCAAGCAUCGCUCCGCCCUCACCGGCGAAACAGACUUCAAGCCGUUCGUCUACGGGAACGACGUCGAUGCCGUGGACGUCGCCACCAGGGUCGCAAUGGCCAAGUUCUUGAAUGGGGCCAAUGUUCUCGGGAACCUGACGGAACACACCAGGACCCUGAGACUGUAUCCUAGACCUGUGGUCGCGUUCCAGGUCCAGACCUUCCUCUGCUCAAGACCAAAUCGAUCGGCAUUCACGGAUCAACUCGCAAGCAGCCAGGCUGUGGAAUACUUUGGAGAGUGCAGCCUCAACCCUAUGAAUGUGACGUUUCUGAGAAUACAGACUGGGGUAUAUGACCCUCAUCUUAUUGGAGACAAGUCUAAAUGGUUCAGGGAACAGCUUCAGCCAAUAGAAUUUAAGGUCCAGUUUGAGAACUGCACCCUGGGAGCAGCCCUCUCCAGCGCCUCCGAGGGGGGUUCCGACUCCUCCAACCCGACGGACGAGAGCGGGGAGGAGAGCGAGAGGGAGGACGGGGGAGGGAGCUCGUCAUCGUCAUACUCAUCGUUGGACGAGUUUGUGGUUGACAUGAUGAACAGUGAUAUCAAAGGGGACGUACAAGAUCCAGACAAACCGGACCAGAUUAGUGAGAUCGACGAACACUCGAUCUACCGUCCUCCUGACUCGCUCCAGCUCCCUCCUGACAUGGUCCAGAGCGAUAACAACCAAUUCGCUGAUAGCGAUUCAUCCAGCAGCCAGGAUAAUCCAACGUCACCCGAUUCUUCGGACGAGGAGUUGCCUCUUAGCGUUCGGAUGCGCAUUGCCCAGAAUAUGUCAAUGUCCGGUAUUGACACGGAUCAAGAUUUGGACAGCAGCGUUUACGACUCUGACAAUAUGUACGCGAUGACGAAGCAGAAUCGCAGAGACUCCAACGACGUCGACUCAGAGGCUGGCUCGAGAGGGGGGCGAACCUCGCCAACUUUCAUGGACAAGUUCAAUUCACUUUUCAGGUCGGAUUCUUCAGACUCUUCGGCUCCGACCACGCCCACCAAGACCAAGCCCAAGCCCUCCAUCCUCAGAGGCAUCAUGGACCUAGCCCUGGAGACGGCCAAGGAACCCAUCGGGUCACCGACGUCCCUCAGCAGCCUGGACCCCAAUGGUUACUCCCCCAGUGUCAAGUCGGACCCGGGCCCCAACAGGAGUAGGAUGGGGUCCGGGAUGGGAUUGCCGACCAGGAAAAAGAAGACCUCCUCGCCGCUCACAAGAGAUACAAGGAGGUCACUUGUGGAAAGGACAUCUCUCAUCAGACAUCACUCUACCAAGAAACCCGAGAAACGCUCUUCACUUACCAGUGAAAGACCCAACAGCGAGGACCAGCUUUUCUUGAAGGAGAUUGUCAGGGGAGUGUUGGAAGGGAACAAUGUUGGCUGGCUGAACUGGUCACGACUCAAACGCCUCAUGCAGAAUGAGAACCUCAGGGCGCAAGUGAUCAGCCAGCUCUACCCACAAGACUCGGCUGUCACGGGAGACUACAUUGAAGAUGUGAAAGUGAACAAAGCUGUUUACAAGGGCUUGUGCUCCGUCCUGAAGGCCGUCCUCGCCGGCCUGGAGUACUCCUUCGAUAACCACACCGCCGGUGGCAUGGCCAGCGCCUUCGCACUCCUGGAGAUCGCCAGCACGCACUACUUCGGCAAGGAGCCCGAGCUGAACCAGAAAGGGGAAGGGCGCCACCGCGGGGGCAGCCUGAAGUCCGGAGCACCUCAUGGUCAGUAUGCCUUGGACGAGCUGUUGUCGCAGCAGCAAGGAGGGCAUCAUCAUCCCGGUGGUGGUGUUGGUGGUGGUGGUGGAGGUGGCGGGAUGUUAACAAUUGCUUCAAGGCCCUCAGAGUCUCAUAGCUUGAAUGAGGAUAACUUCAUAGCGGCCAUAGAGAGCUGGCAGAAGAGUGAGUCGAUCAGUAGCUGCAGUACAAGCACUGAGGAGGGAGGUGUAAAAGUUCACUCCUCCAGCCUGGAAGACAACCGCAACGACAGCGCCUACGAGCUCAUCGACGAGUCGGAGAUCCCCAUCGGGAGCAGCACGGGGGCCGGUGUCCACGGAGCAGUCGGGAUAGCCGCGGGGAUCGCGGUGACAGACGAAGGUGUUAUUGGAACAAAGCUGGACAUGACACCGCUUACUGGAGUAAAUAGGAACACAAACCAACAGAUAGAGCCAUCACCUAGCAACCACAACCACCAGAGUAGUGAUUGUGGGGAAGACGGCAUCCAAUCCGAGCUCAAGGAUAUCACCAAUAAUAAUCUGUACAAUACAGGGGAGUCUGCAAUAACAUUUAUAGCACCGCCUAGCAGCACCGAAAGCCCCGACAUCCGAGACCUGAUGGACACGCCCACCCAUCGGCGGAGCAAGCUGGUGGAGAAACUCUCCAGCAUGGACUCAGAGCUCUCCGAGGCCAGCACCCUGGUUAGCUUCAACUCCUCCGACACCCUGGGCAACGACAGCGACACCAGCUCCACCAGCGGCAUCGACGUCCGGAGCAGGAGGUCGAGGAUAGCCCACCAUUCGAUCAGGCCGGUUAUGUCGGAUACGGAGGUGGAGUUGAACGGGUCAUCCAUGACCCUGUCCAAACGCAAUACACCCGCCCGUUGGUCUAUGAAGAGUCGCAAGUCGGCCGGCUUCCGUUACCAUGGCGGCGACAUGAUAGCGACCGACUCCGACACUUCAGAAGUGAUACUCAGGAGAUAUGUCUUUGAAGCUUUUGUGGUGAAAGAUCGGUCGCCAUUGUGGGAUCAGCCGUUAUUCUGGGAGGAUUCCUUCCUGGAUGCCGUUGCUGCGGAGAGGGACGCUGUCGGGUUAGAUCAGGGACCAGCCGAGAUGAUACACAGGUAUGAGUCACUCAGCCCAGAGGAAAGAAAGCGAUUGGAAGAAGAUGAGGAUAAACUCUUAUCUGACAUGCUUUACAACAUGACUGCAUACAUGAUCGAGAUGGAGGUGCCCAAGAUAGAGAUCAAACGACGAAUCAGACGUCUGCUUGGAAGGUCACACGUUGGCCUACUUUACAGCCAAGAUGUCAACGACCUUUUGGACCAAAUAAAUAACUUGUAUGGUAAUGACAUUGACCUGAAACCAGCUGGGAGCCGUCAGAUGAGAAAACACAGCUUCGUAGUCCAUGCUGGAUCUGAUAAUAAAGGAGAUGUGCUCUUCAUGGAGGUGUGCGAUGACUGUGUAAUAAUCCGAUCAGGUAAUGGUGCUGUGUGCGAUAGAUGCUGGUACGAGAGGCUAAUAAACAUGACCUACUGCCCUAAAACCAAAGUAUUGUGUCUAUGGAGGAAGGUUACAAAUACCACCAAGCUGGAUAAAUUCUAUACGAAAAAGUGUCGAGAGCUUUAUUUCUGCAUCAAAGAGAGCAUGGAGAAAGCAGCUUCAAGGCAGAAGAAUGGUAUGACUGCAGAACCUGAGCUGGGUGGCGAGUUUCCUAUCCAAGACGUGAAAACAGGAGAAGGUGGUCUACUCCAAGUCACAAUGGAAGGGGUUGGACUCAAGUUCCCCCAGUCAAAGGCGUUUAUUGAACUAAAGGACAUCAAAGAAUAUAAAACCAAGAAGGACAUCUUCAUGCUUGUAGAGUGCAAUCCUCAGCAGAAGAAUGUCACCCGCCACAAGUUCCGUUCAGCCAUGGCUCACGAUAUCGGUUAUGCAAUGCUAUGCGUCUUCUCUUACCUGGCUGCUGCGAAGAACUCCGAGACGAUCACACGCAAGGAACUCGAAGCUCGGAUGGCAGGACGCAAGCGCGAGUUCAUGCAAAGUUAAAGGUGACGUAUCGUCAUAACCUGAUCCAGUCUAACUCAGUAAAACAAGGAUUUUGUUUUUAAAGGACAGAACAGCCCUCCUUUGCUGAAAUACUUUAUAGCACCCUUGAUAUUAUGCAAGUCCCUGUUGACACUUAAUCAUGAUGUAUGGACUGUCGGAUUAUAAAACUAGCCCAGGACAUCUGGCUAAAGUGAAUAGGACUUUGUUCAAUUAAAUGUCACUUGUCACAUGUUUUACAGGUCUCGAUUAUGGUUCAGAUUCUGAAGAGGGCUGGGAUAAAGGUUGAAAUGUGUAAUAGGUCUGGAAUAUGGUCCAAAUCAGAAAGAGAUCUGGGACAUGGUCCUAAUCUGACUAAGGUCUGGAAUAUAUGUAUGGUCCAAAAAUCUAGAAUAUUGUUCAAAUGUUUUUCAGGACUGGAAUGUGGUCCUAAUAGAGGUCUGAAAUAAAUGCCUUCCCAAACGAUAUCAGCUCAUAGACUCUGUUUCAAAGCAUAGUUAUUGUAGUACUGAGUGGUAGAUAACUAGAACAUCGCUAGAUAUUUUUCAACAUGCAGUCAGCAGUCUGCAUAUUUACUCAAUCUGACUGAAUAUAAUCAGACUUGCCUAGAUAAUUUUCAAGUGAUGCCAAGUUUUUACUCAAUAUUCAUCAAGCAGCCAUUAACUAUUAACUACAUUUGAACAAGGAAAGAUAUUCAUGAAUUAGUAAUGGAGAUAGGGUGUAAUUGCUUUCAAAGUAAUACAAAUUUAUACUCAUCUUUGAACAAAUAUUUGCAAUGAGAUAAGGCAGUAUUUGUGAAUCGAUAGUUAAAGGACCUCAUUUCAAUGUCAUCCAUCUAAGCAUAUAAUCAAACUGUCUGAACGGGCCUAAACAAAACGUUAUUUUCAAUGAUGGUAAUUUGUGCUAUGCAUUCAUUUAAAUUUACUGAUUUAUCACGACCUGUAUUCCUGGUGAUGAAAUUUCAGCGAAAACUUAGGUUUUCACUCCAAAGUGGUGGGUAUAUUGUCCCACUAUUCCCCUGAUAUUCAAAUAACUUUAUAGUGGAGUUCAUUCAAGACCUUUGUAUUCUCUUAGGUAGGGGUUGAGACUCAUGAUGCAUGAUCCAAUACAGAGCUGCCAAGUAGUACUGAUUUUCAGUAUUUAGUACUGAAAAGUGAGAAGAAUACUGAUAUGUAA